AUGAAAAAUUCUCGGGAAGCCUUCCGGAACUUAGCAGUGCUAAUAACCAGCAGCUGCAAAGAAGGCUCUAAGAGAUGGAAAACCGAAGCAUUACACAAAUGCGAUGUGAUCGUGUACACGAAGAUCUUCCUCAAGUUUCCGUACUGUUUCUGGCCUUGUGGUCCGGGUAAAGAGUUCUUCAUCUAUGCACAUGAACGACGAGGCUACUACACAUUUUGGCAGCACAUGGAAAAUGCUUAUCCAGGCUCCAAUCUUCUCGUCGUGACGUUGACCAAUGGGGAAUCCAAGCGUGUGGAAGCUCAGUCCGAUCGUGAGACUCUCAGAGAAGCAAUGUCUGUUCUAAGAGACAUGUUUGGUCCGAACAUACCCAAUGCCACAGAGAUUCUCGUCCCAAGAUGGUGGAACAACCGGUUCCAACGCGGCAGUUACAGCAAUUACCCGAUUAUUUCCGAUAACCAGCUCGCUAAAAACAUUAAAUUUUCGCGCAUUAAUUUAUGGCAGGUUGUUAGGGAGGUACAACACUCGAGGAAUGGGGUCGUAGUGAAAACAGAGGAUGGUUCCGUAUACGAAGCUAAUUAUUUGAUCGUGUCUGCUAGUAUUGGAGUUCUCCAAAGCAAUCUCAUUUCCUUCAAGCCCUCUUUGCCCAGAUGGAAAACCGAAGCAUUACACAAAUGCGAUGUGAUCGUGUACACGAAGAUCUUCCUCAAGUUUCCGUACUGUUUCUGGCCUUGUGGUCCGGGUAAAGAGUUCUUCAUCUAUGCACAUGAACGACGAGGCUACUACACAUUUUGGCAGCACAUGGAAAAUGCUUAUCCAGGCUCCAAUCUUCUCGUCGUGACGUUGACCAAUGGGGAAUCCAAGCGUGUGGAAGCUCAGUCCGAUCGUGAGACUCUCAGAGAAGCAAUGUCUGUUCUAAGAGACAUGUUUGGUCCGAACAUACCCAAUGCCACAGAGAUUCUCGUCCCAAGAUGGUGGAACAACCGGUUCCAACGCGGCAGUUACAGCAAUUACCCGAUUAUUUCCGAUAACCAGCUCGCUAAAAACAUUAAAGCCCCGGUUGGCAGGAUUUUCUUCACUGGUGAACAUACGAGCGAGAAGUUCAGCGGAUAUGUUCAUGGUGGAUAUCUCGCAGGUAUCAGCACGAGUAAAUCGUUGUUGGAAGAGAUGGAGGAGAAAGAGAGACGGAACGAGAACUCCAGCUUCUUGUUAGAGCCAUUGCUUGCCUUCACCGAGUCGCUAUCUUUGACGACGCAGACCGACUCCAAAGUCUCGAACCUCCACAAAUGCGACAUCCCGAACCAGUUUUACCUCAGCCAAAAGCUCGGAAUCCCCGAGGCAAUCUUAUGACUAGAUGAACCUGAGCUCGACAACGUUUCUGACUAUUAUAUCGGCCAUGAUGAUCGUGACACCGGAUACAAACUGAAAGGAAACAUCGAUUGGAAACAAAGGUCGGAAUGGGUGAACAACUUUCCCGAAACCCGCUAUUGAAGAUGUAACGAAGCUUGCUGCAAAGAGAGAAUGACGGGAUCGGAAAGACCUAUAAGUCGAUGAAAAAUUCUCGGGAAGCCUUCCGGAACUUAGCAGUGCUAAUAACCAGCAGCUGCAAAGAAGGCUCUAAGGUUUGCUCUAUUCUUUGGGUGAGAGAGAGAUAGAAAAGAGUUGCAUUGCAUACCCAACUUCGAAAUUUAUUGCAAUUCGUACGAAGCAGCUUAACAGGUAUGAUUUGUCGAAUUAUAAUAUAGGUACUUAUACAGAAGGUUUGCCGUUUGCUAUUCAACCAUACUUGAACUAAAGUGCAAUUGUAAGAAAGCGACGACUUGUUUCAUGCAUGAACAUGAAGAACCUUUUCCAGUUAUAGGUGUCUGUAUUGUCUCCA